CCAGGCAUUCUCUUCUGCUCUCCCAGACAUUCAAAUAUGGCGGCGCCAGAGGUGGAUGAAGCGCUGGAGCUGCUCGCGAGGGUCCCGCUGCUGGAGGAGCCGCUCGAGGAGCUGCGCGCUUUGCACUUGGCCUUGCUCGCCGUUCCUCUCAAUGCUCUGCGGGAGCGGCGUUCCGAGCUCCCCUUGGCGGGACUCUUCGCUCUCACGGCCCGCGGGGGAAGUGAGCAGAUUUCUUUAUGUGUUUCCAUCCUGGAGCGGUUACUGCAGAUCAUGGAUCCCUUGUAUGUAAUCCAAAACUUUGGUGAAGAACUUCAGAAAGGGCUCUUCCAUCCAGAUAAUUCAGUCAAAAUUCUAACAAUAGCUCAGGUUGGGAAGAUAGUUGAAGAUUCCAGUGCUGCUAGAGAAAUCCUCAACACUCCUGAGUUGCUGAGGCAGGUCAUUUAUUGCAUUGCUGAUGAGAAACUAGCAGUGGCAAAAGAGGCCAUCAUGUCGCUGACAAAGGUAGCAAAAACUGCAGAGAGCUUGGAGGCACUGCUUGCGGGCAACUUGCUAGUUGACUUGAAAAAUGUCAUGACCAGGAGUGACAUUGUUCGUUGCCGUGUGUAUGAGUUGGUGAUCAAUAUCUCCUUGGUGUCGGCAGAUUCAUUGAAUUACUGCGUGAACAGCGGAUUAAUAUCAGAGCUGAUCGGGGAGCUGACGGGGAAUGAUGUGCUUCUCAGAGCUACGUGUAUAGAGAUGGUGACCUCUCUUGCCCAUAUUUACCACGGACGCCAAUAUCUUGCCCAACAAGGAAUCAUUGAUAAGAUUUCCAACAUAAUCAUCGGGGCUGAUUCUGAUCCCUUCUCAAGCUUCUACUUGCCAGGCUUUGUGAAAUUUUUUGGCAACUUGGCUAUUGUUGACAGUCCUCAGCAGUUAUGUGAGCGAUACCCCGCAUUUGUGGAGAAAGUAUUCAGCAUGGCAGAAAGCCAAGACCCAACCAUGUUUGGCGUGGCAGUGGACACACUUGGGAUCUUGGGGUCAACUGUGGAAGGGAAGCUAGUGUUACAGAAGAAGGGGAGUAGAUUUCAUCAUGUGCUAAACAGAAUAGGACAUCAAGCAAAGAAUGCCCCAACAGAGAUGAGAGUCCGGUGUCUUGAGGCAAUUUCAUCUCUUUUGUAUUUGCAGCCAGACCAGCAGACAGAAGACCACCUGGGCAUGACAGAAUCCUGGUUCUCCUCUCUGUCCAGCCAGCCCUUGGAACUCUUCAGGAGCAUCAGUACCCAGCCCUUCCCUGAUCUCCACUGUGGUGCCUUAAAGGUCUUCACUGCCAUUGCUAGUCAACCUUGGGCCCAGAGGAUGAUGCUCAGUAGUCCAGGCUUUGUGGAAUACAUCGUAGACAGAUCAGUGGAACCAGACAAACCUUCAAAGGAGGCCAAAUACGAACUUGUGAAGGCUCUGGCCAAUUCAAAGACCAUCGCUGAAAUCUUUGGAAACCAGCAUUACUUGAGGCUCAGGGCAUACCUGCGCGAAGGGCCUUAUUAUGUCAAGGCUGUUUCGACCACAGCUGUGGAAGGAGCUGAAUAACAUUGGAACAGCUGCUCUCUGGUGAUAAUGGACUUCUGGAUAGGAUUUCGCUUUGGAUGUGGAGGGGGGAAAAUAUCUGAGGAAGGAAUUGGUUUGGUCAUUUUUUUCCCUGCAUUUCUAACUCAGAAAUUUCACAUAGCUGGGAAAUAAUGUUGAGGACCAUGUUAAGGACUAUGCCAGUCAAGUUUAUCCUUAUUUAAGAGUUGAUGCUUAGUCAGCAGCUGGCAUAGGGCCUACAAAUCAUGGGAUCCUUUUAUAAACAGUGGUUUUUCUGCCUUCUGUUAAUUCCUCAGUGAGAGAUGCAUUGUUAACAUAGUUGAACACCACAAGGUAGCCAGACUCCUAAAAGUGGUGAAAGCCAUGCAGCGGUGUGUGUGUUUUGAGUCUUUUGGCCUUGAUCUUAAAUGCUUUGCCUGUACUUCAUUGAUGCUUCCUCCAGCAUAUAAAUUGCCCUAAUUGUUGUUUACAGGAAAGGUGAGCAAACCCUUUAACACAUUGGACCUGUGAAGGGCAGAGGGAGAGAUCUGGCUGCUACAGGUGUCAAAUGGGAAGGUUGCUGGGUUGUUCCAAUUCAGAUUGUAGUGAGGAAUGCUCCCUGACAUAAAAUAAAGGCUGAAUUUUGAGAAGGCUAGACUACGAUCUCCUGGCAUCUUGGCUCUUACAGGAAAUCGGGAGGAUUUUCUCCACUGUGUGCAGUGUGAACUGGUACAGCCCAAUAACAAAAAUCACAUGACUGGGGGUUGUUAUUGUUAUUGUUAUUAUUACUUCUUAUCCAUCUUAAGCUUUUCUACCAAGUGCAGUAGUGUCUUAGACAGGGACACCACCAGAAGGUGUUGGCUUGUGUUCUUAGUUGUUAACAGCAGCUGCAGAGACACAAAAGUUAGUAUGACUGAACUUCAAAGGGUAACACUUUCUGCAGAGGGACCAAAGCUUUGAGGUGAAGUGAUCUGGGUUUAUUUUCACCACUAUCUUCAGAGGUUGAGCAAUUUUACUCCAUCCCAUGCUAUUUAGAAAAAUCAGUCCUUCAGGACUUCCUGGGAGGAGCUUAUCCAGGUCUGUCACAGCUCUCAGGAGCUUCCGGUAGAGCUCUGAAAGUCACUAUUAAGUGGUGUUCAACAGCAGAUUUAUUUGUUUACGGUCUUAUUUCUGCAGUCAGAUAAUAGGGAAUUAAUCUCCAGAAAUUCUGGAGUGGAAUGUCCGCCAAUGAGGGAUAGAGAAAUCCUGUUGGGUGAGUGAUCUGGGAGUGGGAAAGAAUUUCAACACUGGCCCAAGGAGCACUUAAAAUGCUGAGAUUAUUCCAGUGAAAAGACCUGCCAUUCUCCCUUUCCUUCUGUUUUUUAACUACCUUUGAAGCUACACCUAUAAAUUAAUUCAGAAGUUAUUUACACAUCCAUUUAAGUGCUCAUGCGAAAUAUGACCUGAGGACUGAUUUAAGAGGAGUUAUUAGUGAAGGUGCUUGCUAGGAAAUAAGCAGAAAGUGUGUUUUGAACUAGAAAUUGAAAUAUACACAGACAAGAGAUUCUCUCUGAGAGGUUUUCUCUUGGGCUUGUUCUGUGGUUUCUUUGAGCCCCUGCUAUGAUUUAUGUCACUGGAAAGAAAAAUGACUUGUGUGGUUAUAUUAGUACUGUUUUGUGAGAGCUGUUUCACACUGCAUAUCCAGGAUGGGGAAAACAUAAUAGGUUCAAUUGUUUGAAGUAUGUCUGCCCAAUUAUGUUUUGUGGCUCAUUUGAAAUAAAGAGAUUUAGU